CACGUCAAUCACUCCAGUUUACGGAAGUGUAACCAGCUACCGCAAAGAUGGAGGACGAUAUCUCAGAUUUGAGCAGACCACAGAUGUACUUGUUUGGUUGUACCCUCAAGUCGGACAAACGGGAGUUCAAAGUUGACGUAGACGACGAUGAUACGGAGCAGCAGCUGUCACUCAAAGCAGUGUGUCUGGGAGCCGAGGCUGAGGAUAAGUUCCACAUGGUGGAAGUGGAGGGCCUGACUUAUGAUGGAAAAACAACCAAAGUGCCGCUGGUUGCUCUGAAACCGUCUGUCCUGCCCUCUAUGAGUUUAGGUGGUUUUGAAAUUACACCUCCAGUCACCUUCCGUCUUCAGUCUGGCUCUGGACCGGUUCACAUCAGCGGGCAGCAUUUUGUCAGUGUGAAGGACUCAGAAGAUGAAGAGGAGGAGAACAACUCCUCACCGGUGAAGCGACCUGCAGGCCUUACAUCAGGGAAAAGGCCUCCGUUGAAGAAACUAAAGAUGGAUUCUGAUGAUGAUGAAGAAGACAGCGACGACGAUGAUGAUGAUGACGAAGAUGACGACAGUGACGAUAACGAUGUGAAGCCUCAGAAGACUGUAGGAAAAGACCUGAAAAAAAGCUUCGAGUCUUCAGCCAAGAAGCCCAACAAGACUCCCAUGAAACAAAACGGUCCCGCAGGAAAAGGAGCAGGAUCAGCCGGCAAACCACAGAUGAAGACACCUGCCCCAGGAAAAGACAAACCCCAGGCUGGUCCGUCUAAAUCUCCCUCCCUGCCUGAGAUUAAGAGCAAGUUGUCAACGGCAGCCAAGGAGGGAAAAUCUCUACCGAAGACGGAGCAGAAGUUUGAGAAUUUCGUCAGGAGUUCUUUUAAAAUCAUCGACAAGAAGGUGGUCAAGGACCUUUGGAGUUUUGUACAGACACUGAAGACUGGGAAGAAGUAACAAACCUUUUACAAACUAAAGCAUUUGUAUGUUUUGCAUCCUGCAAGACGUUUAAAGGCACAGUCAGCGACAUUUCCUACUUAGCCUUAUUAAGACAUCAUCGUUAACUCUAUCUCUGAGUAUACACACCGACUGAGGGCUGAAAAAUGGGUAAAGCCAUUAAUGAUCUGGGUGUCAUUGUUCUUUUUAAGAUGCGGAGCACCUCCUGGAGCCCGUUUUGCAAUUCACUUAUAAACUCACUCAUUCACACUCAGCAGGUUGCAGCUUUUGACAAAUAUAACUCCAUCACAUGAAGAUUUAAACCACUUAUAGGGAAGGGAAGGAAAAAUAAUACCAAUUUGGACUUUCAAAUAUGGCUGCAUUCCAGUAACCAUAAAUCAUCAUAAUCCAUCCAGUAUGCCAGAAUAAUCCACUACACCUGUAUGUUCAAUGCAGUAAUCAAGAAAUACCAGGAUGUUCUACUACAAUUAGUUGUGUUUUGCAGCAUGCAAGAAAGUAUGCUUUUUGGCAGCUUCGAGCAUCAACCCUCUGGACAGCAGUAGGUAAAUAUUACUAGCUGAGCAACCAUACAGAGCACCUCUGUUGAGAGCCACAAACGUUUGUCAAUAAUGUUCAAAUUUAGUCCACAAGCUGUAAAGACUGUCUGAGCAAGAGCAUCAAACAUCAAGGCACAAUGCUUCGCCCUAGUUGUAUGAAUACUGCAUGUAAAGUAAAAUAAGUUCUCUGUAAGCGCAGCUGCAAUACAGUAAAAAAAAAAACCUGCUUGAUGCAGUUUUGAAUUUUAAACCACCUACACACAUUAAGUAUCGCACCUGCAAGUAUCUAAAGCUGAUUUAGGAUAUCAGAUAUGUAAGUUAUUAAAGGUAUAAGACAACAACUACUUGUAUUCAGAAAAGACAGUCAAGAUAGAACCUAGUGAAGUCCUUGCUAAUGUUAAAUAGUUGUGGUCCCAGCCUGUUUUACGCAAAGACACCUUUCCUGUCAGUGAGGUUUGCAACUUUAACUCAAGUUAUGACAGAGAUCAAACUUUCCCCACCUACACACAAAGGGCUGUUUAAUGUAUCACAUACAUGCUGAACCAGCAGCCAUACAUCAACUAAAUUAUUCCUCUCCUUGCCUGUAGACUGUGAGAUUGUUACGUCUCCAUCUUACAUCCGUCAUGUAGACUCGCUGCAUGUCGCAUUGGAACUGCAGCCUUCAAACCGCUGGUGCCGCGGCUUUGCAAUCUGAUGCUAUUGGUUGAGCCUGGUUUUAGGUGCUUCGCAUCCAUGACACUGUGUGUCCUUAAGUCAACAAUGCAAUAGGAGAUAUUGCAGAAUGUGCCUUUAAAUAUCUCUACUGUAAACUGAGAUAUAUACCAGAGUCCCAUUUAGUGUGAAUUUGAGCCAUAAACACACGGACGGUUGAGACAGCUGACAGGGGGCGACACAUUUCUCCUGCUAAGUGUUUUUUUGUGUUAUUUUACUUUGGUGUCUGGCUUUAUGAGGCAUUUGUAGCUUAUGAAACAUGCAAACGGAUUGUACUAAGAUUUUUAUCAUCAUUAUUGCUUUUUACAUAAUGUACAGAAAUUGGUCAGUGAUGCAGCUUUUUUAAUGUGUUAUUCAAUUUGGUUUAAACCCCUGCAGUAUAUUGUUUAAGUAGGCCAUCAACGACACCAAACAGCAGACAAGCCAAAAGAAUCAACUGUUUAUAAACCCUUCACUUAAAAAAGGAAAAAUGCAAUCUUAAAAAACGCAAGCUUCACAUAUUAUCAUGCUUUUGUGCAGCUUGAACGUCACUGCUGUUACAUAUCUUUACCAGUUAAACCAUUAAGUAACAAGAAAUGUUUCAUCCUCCUUUUUUUUUACCAAGAACAUACCGGACAUUUCUGGACCAGAGCAGUGUUACCUUAAUGUUUUAAUAAUUCAAUCCUAAUCUCUUUCAGUUUACGUUAGCAUCAUCUAAACAUGCAGAACCUGCAACUAUUACAAGAAUGUAGACUGGACUCAUUCAGGUGUUAUGAAUUCAUAUCAAGCCUGUUAACAUCUGUCAUAAUCUCAGGGGGGUAAUUAUUACAGUGAUUACAGCAAAGUGUUCAUAAGAGCGAUCCACAAAACAUUAUAAAGAUUAUUAUGAGGUCUAUUAAACCAACACAGAUGCCCAGUUUUUUCUGUGAAGUCAUAAACAAAGCAUACAUGAAAUUAAAAACAAGACUAACUAGCUCCAGGAGUGUUUUUAUGAUGUGGAACCAUAACACUGUUUUUAGUGUAUGCACCAAAAACAUAUUACAAGCCUAUGAUUAACACAGAUUAUCUUAUUUAUUACAACAUAAUCAUGAGGUGUAUAUCAGAGUGACAUGACGGCACCGUAGCAGAAAGCUCAUAAAGAACUCAACCCCGUAAUCGUUUGCACUCUGGUGUAUCAGCGCUUUGGUGACAAUGAGCGCACACACUCGCCCUGCGUAUGAUGUGUUUAUGAUUCUGUAUGAUGUCUUUUAUGAGCCAAAUGUUGGCAGACGGAUCCCAUCUUUAACCAAUCAAAUCACUCGGUGUAACAACCCUGCUGUCUGUAAAAGAGAGUUCAGAUUCCUUUUCUGUAAACUGAGUCAAAUUAUUUAGGUUUCUACAGUCACAGAUCAUUUCUCCUGUCAUUACAUCUUCAAUUAAAGCUCAUUCUGAAGUUUUAUGUAGAAGGAGCAUUUGGCCUUUUUUUUGUUUUAAAUACUCCCUUAUCAUCAAACCAUUACCUGAUUUUAUUCCCUGUAUAUACCUGUAUCUCUUGCUUUUAAUUCCAUGUAAGGCAGCUGAAUUAUUAUGUUUUUGAAGUGUAUGCUUGAUCCGCCCUUGCUAUUAGCUGGUUUUGCAGCUUGGAUCUGUUGUCAUGAUCUUAAUUUGAAAAAUUGUGAUUGGUAGUUUGGACUAGAUGUUUGUUUUUUUUAAUGUUUGAAUAACUUUCUGAUAUUUUUGUUUCUUUUAUUUUAACUUUUCAUCUUAUUCCUCUAGUUUUGUAUGUCUGUGCUGAGUAGUUUGAUGGCAGUCUAUAAUUACAUCCAAGUGAUAGAAACGAUAUUAGGGAUGCACGAUAUUGGAUCUUGCCAAUAUCCGAUAUACAAAUAUUUUCUUCUUUUUCCUUUUUAAAUGACAGAAUAGCUGAAUAAAUGUGGGGAGUAGACAGCGGGGGAAGACAUGCAGGAAAUGGUCGUGGCCGGGAGUCGACCUCUGCGACUUGGACUGUAGCCUCUGUAUAAGGGGCGCUUAGACCACUAGGCCACCAGCACCCCAAUAUUUUCAAACUCAUUGAUACUGAUACCGAUCCAAGGUCAUCCUUAGCCUGCAGAGGCCUCAAUCUCCCACCAUGCUGAAAGACUGAUCUAUAAUUCAGUGACUUUCUCUUUAAGCUUCCUUCUCUUCAACGUCAUCCCUUCUAUGUGACUUAGCUUCAUCGAAUGACUGAAGUAGAGGCUGCUGACAAGUUUUCUCUGUCACCAAUGCUCCUUGUGUUUACUUUUCACAAACUCUUGGUGCAUGAGGAUGACAGUUCUUAAGAUGUACAAAUAUAUUAGUAGCUGUUUUGCUCCUGUGCUUCACAAAGCUGUGUGACUGUUUAUGACGCUUCUAAAUACAGCCGACAUGUUAACACUUGUUGUUGGCGGCCAUAAACUGUAAUUGCACGCACGUAUAAUGCAUCACCUUAUCAGCCGUCCUUAUCAGUGGAAAUUUUCAGAUUCACCAAUACUGAUAGUUAACGUUCAAGCUUUUAUCUGCUGAUGUUCUGCCCGCAAUAUCGUGCAUCCCUACUGAAUCUCUCUUUGUUUUUUGAAUCAGGCAAUUAGAAAAGUUAGAUUCCCUGAAAAUGAUUGAUAGAGUAUAACUAAGAAGACAUUUUUUUAGAGCAGCAUGAAGUUGUUUUAGGUCGUAGGUAUGUGCUGUUGUUCCAGGAUAACGUAGUUCAGAGAUUUAUUUAAGGUUUAUAUCCAUUCAACCCCCCCUGUUUUGUUUCUUGAUGUAUAAUACUGUGUCUGAAUGACUUACUGUAACUCAUCAGUAUGUUGGAGGCAUUUAAAUGUUGACCAUUAACAUGACUCUGCUGGAAAUGUGAUUAAGCAGAUGGUGGCUCAACUUGAGAGUGAAUUUCAUCCAUUCAGUCAAACUUCAAUGAUUUGUUUUUUGCAUGACUGCUGACGGCAGAUUUCUUUCUUUGAUGGUUUGUUGAAAUGAAAGCGUCCAUCCAUAUUUUUUAUUCUACCUGUAACAUUUACCUGAAUAAAGUGAAUCCCUGCUGGUUUUCAGUCCCA